CCACCCGCGGGCAGCGCAUUAAAGCCGCGGCCGCGGUGCGAGGCCCCGUCCCGAUCCUCCCUCCCUCCGCUCGCAGCCCGGUGACAGCGCCCAGGCGGUAGGGAAAAUCCACACCAAGAAAGCCUCUAUUCUGCAAGGCAAGGGUUCCAUUCUAUCCAGGAGCCCAGCCAAGACAGCUUUCGUGGCCUACCACCUAGUUUUUACCAGGCACCCAUCCAAAGCCAGUUAUCACCAACAAAAACCCAGGACAGCCGCGAAACCUCUCCUAUGAGUGUCCCUAAUUUCCCAUCCGUUUCCUCUAUGUGUCAACCAACCAUGUUUAACUACGAGCGUCCAAAACACUUUAUCCAGUCUAAGAAUGUGUGCCAAGGGCAACAGCAGCCUCCGGGACCCGCAGCCUCUACAGAGUCAAGCAGACAACUCAAACAAUCCUCCAUCCUAAUACAGCCUCGUAACCCCAGCGGGCAGAAAUUCUCCUCCUCGUCAUCGCUGAGCUCGUCAAUCACGCUCUCCUCGCCUUCCUGUAGUGCCCCUAAGGAACCCACAUAUCCCGUCACUCCUGCAUCCGCGCAGUCUCCUGCUAGCUCCUCAUCCGGGCAACGGCUUAUAUCCAUGCCUAACCAACCCCCCGCAGCAUUCCUGUGCUCAGUGCUACCCUCGCAGCCCGACUAUAACAGCCAAACUCCUUCUCCUAUGGAACCUCAUUACUCACAACCAAUGUAUAACAAACAAGCUAGCAUCAACUCUAUGCAGAAGACGUCAGAUCAUGAAAUUCGAGGAACAAAAGAGGCCCUCAUUCAGGACUUGGAAAAGAAACUCCGAUGCAAAGACAACCUUCUCCAGAAUGGCAACCAGCGAUUAACUUAUGAAGAAAGAAUGGCUCGCAGGCUGCUCGGACCAGUAAAUGCUGCAUCCGUGUUGGAAACACAAAGUGAAGACAACAUGCAGAACGCACAGAAUGCAGAAAACAUCAGGCUGCAGGUUCCUACAACACACGUAAGGAGCAGACCAUCCUCAAGAGGAGACGAACGUGGACACGACUCAAUCCAGGAGAAGUUCUUCCAGCCACGUUUUACACAAGUGCCUGAAGACGUCAUUAUUGAGGAGGGGCGAUUCUGCAGGCUCGACUUCAAAGUCAGUGGGCUGCCAACUCCAGAUGUGAUGUGGUAUCAGAAUGGAAGGAUGGUUCAUCAAGAUCAGUUCCAUAAAAUGAUAGUGUCAGAAAAGGGAUUCCACUCAUUUAUUUUUGAGGCAGUCAAAUCCUCUGAUGCAGGGACAUACGAAUGUGUGGCUGUCAACCGUGCAGGAGAAGCAUCUUUUGCAGUAAAAGUGGAAGUCAUUGCCAAAGAACAUCACACGCCGCCAACUUUCAUCUUCAAGCCACAAAGCAAAAAGGUUUUUGAAGGAGAUACAGCCAGACUCGAAUGCCAGAUCUCUGCUAUCCCAACACCCAGGAUUUACUGGAAAAGAAACAACGAAAUGGUACAAUAUAAUACAGACCGAAUAAGCUUGCUACAUGAUAACACUGGAAGGAUUUGCCUCCUGAUUCAUAAUGCUAACAAGAAAGAUGCUGGCUGGUACACCGUGUCUGCUGUCAAUGGAGCAGGAGUGGCCACAUGCCAUGCCAGGCUAGAGGUUGCAACACAUACAAACAAGCCAGUUCCAGCCUCAAAGCAGUUACGGGUCCGACCAACUUUUAGCAAGUAUUUGGCACUGAAUGGAAGAGGACUGGAUGUGAAACAAGCUUUCUCACCAGAAGGAGAGUUUCAGCGGUUGGCUGAGCAGUCUGGACUGUAUGAAAGUGAUGAACUUUAACUGGAAGAGGAGAUCUUGCACCUGUAAGAGACAAUUACAACAUAGAUGCAGUUAACUGGUGAUUGCCCUCAUUAGCAAAAUACCUAUCUACAGAUUUUUACUGUCCCCCACAUUGAGCUCUUCCCGUUUUACCAUGUUAGAGUUUAUUUAUAUGGCUUGGUGACUGUAACCAUUUACUGAGGAUUGUAUUUGAACUAUAAAGCCUAAGGAAGCAGGCUAGUUUGUACAAGCGCGGGUGGGUUUGGUUCUGCCUGUACUCGGUUACAUGCUGAAGUAGGUUGGUUUGUACUGCUGCUCUUGACCGUAUCAGAAGUCUGUGCUGUCUGAAUACUAAACCCAAAUAGAUUAGAGUGUUUUUAUGAGAUUAGCGGCAAAUAAACCUUU